AUGUCCGACAUGAUGAGUGAGUGCGCCGGGCCCCGUCGCCUCUUGAGCGCAAUCUCGCUCGCCGUCAUGGCGGCCACCGCUUCGGCCGUUGCCCUCGACACGCGGGCUGCGGCGUUCAAGCACAUCGCCCACUCUUCCUUCUCGCUGUCCAAGAGCCCUGCCGGCGUCGACUACCAGGCCAUGAUCAACAAGGUCGAGGCCGACCCGCGGAUCAAAAAAGUGAGCCUCAACGACGUCGUCACCGCGUCCUCUCCGCAGAGCAACGGCCGCUACCCGCUCUGCCACCCCACCAACCUCAAGGCGGAGCUCCGCCCGACCGGCUUCUGCUGGAACGCGGCCGACGACACCAGCGCCGACUGGGUGCCGCAGGGCAUCACCGGCUCCGGCGACGCGGACCCGAGCGGCACCGUCAACGGCCGCCGCCUCAUCGCCGCCAGCUGGCACUACACCAAAGACGAGGUUGCGCGCAUCAGCAUCGCCGACUUUAGCAAGCCGUCCAAGGGCAUCACCUACCACAACCUGCUGCUGGUGCAGCCCACCUCCAACGGCAACUUUGCCAGCGUCGAAAACGUGCACGCCGACGGGCUGAUGUGGUUCGGCAACAAGCUGUUUCUCGCCACGGGCGUGCGGCUCCAGGUGUACAGCCUGGACCACAUCUGGAAGACGCGCACCGACGGCGGCAACGCGGGCAAGAUUGGCCUCGUCGCCGACGGCGCCUACGCCCGCUGGCACGGCUGGGCCAUGCCCAUGAUCGCCGAGUACCGCACGACCUGGGGCGCCGGCGGGUCGUGGAAGUCUUGCGCCUCGGCCAAGGGCGACACGCCCUGCCUCAACUCCAUCUCGCUGGCCCCGGACCGCAAGUCCUUUGUGACGGCCGAGUACUACGCCGAAAAGGCCGGCGGCGGGCGGGUGAUUCGCUGGGGCCUCGACGCCGCCUCCGGGCUGCCGACGGGCAAGGCCACCGAGGCGUUUGCGUCGCCCGUUUGGCAUCAGCAGGGCAUCGCGACGGACGGCAAGGCCUUUUACGUUUCGGGCGACUGUCCGGGCGCGCCGCCGGCCAACGACCCCAACAACCACAUUUGCAUCCACAAGGCGCUGCCCGACGGCGCGCCACACGUGCUCACCAAGGCGCCGCCGCUGACCCAGAACCUGGCGUACUGGCCGCGGACGGGCGAGCUCUGGGGCGUCAACGAGCGCAUCAGCACCAAGGGCGGCAAGCGCGUCGUCUUCAACAUUAAGCCGUAG